AUGGAGAAGGAGGGGGGGAAGGAAGAGAAAGGCCCAGCGAAAUGCCCUCCUGCGCAGAGUGUGGACUCCAUGCAGAGAAAGAAUCGUUCAACCUUUAGACCGGUGUUGCUUGAAUUAGCGGGCUCACUGGACGACACGGUGUGCCAGGAGAUCACACGACGCUUGCGGCAGUACCGCAACCGAUAUGCCCCCAUUCUGAGACUGACAGCCACGCUGAUGGCACCGGCAGUGCAGGAGGUGGAACUAUUUGGCCAUUGCGAAGGGGUUGAUGUCACUGAUGGGAGGGCCGCCAAUGGCAAAAAGGGAAUAGCCGAAGGAAAAGAAACGAAUGGAGAAAGUGGCAGCGGUUCUAUGGUGGCGAAGAGACUGAGAGGCGAUUCACUCAUCGCUGCCCCUUGUGCCGCCAUCAUGGCAGAAAGACGGAUUGAGGUUGUAAGCCGUUUGCAUGAAAACAAUGAUGGUAUGAGUGCUGUAGAAAAGCUGGAGGCAUUUAUGGCCUAUCAAUUCCUCCCGUUGGCACUGACGCACAAUUGCCAUCCAAAGCUCUCACUCAGUGAAAAAUCAUUUAUACUUCGUCAUUAUGUGCAUGAGGCGACGCGUACGUCCUCUUUCCUUAUUGCAGACCUUCAGGAAAAAACGGCAGCCAUUAUUGAUCCACAGCUGGAUAUUUCCAUGUAUGAGGCAGAUAUUUCGGCGUUGCGGCUUCGACUUUGUGGUGUUGUGCUUUCGCAUUGUUUUGUAGAUGUCGUUAUGGGGCAUGCCGCACUGUUGACAAAACACCCGGAAGCAGUGCUUUUAAGCAGUACGCCAUGGACGCAGGAAGUUGACGUACCCACAGAAGGGUGGCCGACAUUGUCACUAAGCCCACGUCUGCAACUGCACUGUGUUCCCGUGCCCUCCUUUUCCCCUGAGUGCAUGUUGGUUGAGCUGCACUAUAACUCCACUCUGCUGGCACUCUUUACCGGCACCGUGAUUGGCACCGAUUCCGUCCCGCGCCAUGAAUUCUUUGCUGAUUUUCCAGGACUCUCUCCAAAAAGUAACGUCUCGAGUUGCGAAGCGACAAGGACUGCGACCACAGUGGCGCAGCGCUUUCUGAAGGAACGUUUGUGGGACAGGUACUUUGCCCAGACCGGCGAGGGCAAUAAUGGGCAGACACUGGAACAUGUGGUCAUUUUUCCGUCUCACGGCGGAUACAACAACGUGACGCAUCAACUGGAUCUCUAUUGGGCACUUCAUGUGGGUGAUCUAAAGCGAAUGAAGCAUUCCCGAAAGAUGCUGGGCAAAUUGUUGGACCACGAGAGUUACGCCGCGUACGUUCAAGAGCGACCCCCACUUCCCAAAACACCGUUAUUCUCACACGUAAGAGACUACAAUUUGCUUUUGGCUCCUUCCGCAUUUGGUGGAAGUGGAGCCAGACUUGUCUCACGGCAUUCUUUACCGUCUUGUCCUCUUCCGAGAUUCAAUAGUGUUGCUUCUGCUGCUUCCUCUGCUAUGACGCCCAUUGUUCUGGACAUUAGGGACACUACCGACCACCAGUUGGCGCAUCUGAAAGGAUCUGUGAAUAUUCCCAUGAAUUUUCCGGCCACUGCGUACGGCGUCAAAAAGGCAGAACUGUGGCUUCAAUGUUUGCUGCAACCACUUCAACCCAUCGUUGUGAUAUGCAGAAAUGAGGAGGAGUUUCCGCUUGUACGGAAGCGGUUGGAGUUGUUAUCCCCGGGUGCACCCAUUGAAACCUACACGGCAAAGGAACUAGAAUCCCCUUCUAGUUCUCUUUCUGCGGCUGGUGCGGAGGUGCGAGUCCAGGGGUUUAUUAUAACGAAGCCUCUUCCAGAAUCCAUUGUGUCGAGUUGUUUACCGCGCCAACUUGUGUGGGUUUCUGAUUCUGCCGCAUCUGCCUUUUUGCGAAUUGAUAACUAUCAGCAGCUUCAGUACAUUGAACCUUCUGAAGACACCUUGGUCCUCGACUGCCGCACUUCUUACGAGUUUAAAAACGGCUCACAUAAACACAGCGUUCAUAUUCCCCUAGCAGAGUUGUGCCAGCUAACAGCUCUGGAUACGAUGUUAUCAUUAUCUUUGUUAAACCGUACAAAUAAACAGGAGACACCGGUGGUUGAUUUUUAUACUCCAUCCCCACGCCUUGGCCAAAAAAUUUUGGAGAAGUUACACGAGAGUUUUAUGGCCGAAAAUGCCAGACACCGUUUUUCUUUUCAGGGCAUAAAAAAUAUUAUUGUGUACUGUGCCAGCGGCUAUCGCUCCAUAAUUGCCGGCUCGCUGCUGCGUCGGGCAUUUGAAGCGGCCACAGUGCCGAUUCAGGUGCGUGACGUGGUGGGGGGAGCGCUGCAGAUUAUGAAACAGCGGCCAGACCUCUGGACAGUCAAGGAUCGCUCCAUCAUAUGUGUCAGCUGA